AUGGAAGUAGCUCGCGGACUGAGCUCUAAGGCCACGACAAACUCGAGUAUCCCGUCCGACGUGCACCUCUUGCCCGAUGGAUCGCUGGAUUUCACUGCUUGGAACAACAUCACCAGUGCUGCGUGCCAAGCGCGUCUCAGCCAACUCACUCGAACAUCGAACCCUUCCGGCGAUUGCAUUUGUUACAAUUUGCCGAUGCUCAACGUCGAUACCGGCAUGUUUGAGGCUGAUUUGCGCCUGUAUCGUGUAUCUGCCCCAAGAGACUCUUUUGUAGGUGUCCCGCCUAGUGGAAUUCAGGUUGGCGUUUCGUACAAGGGCGCCAGUGUGAGUCCCAUGAAGCCAGUGACUUCGGGAUCAAGCUCUCCAGCCGUCAAUAUCACGAAGAGGUCCGAUGGCUCUUCUGCCCCGACUCUGCUGCAGUCAUACAUGCUUGUUGGACAAAUCGACAAGGACCAGAUGAAGAAUAACCUUUCAAUUGCUGCUCUCCAAGCUCUCGUCAUGCCCACUCUCACUCUCUCCGCAGUCACUCCCGGAGGCUCUCAGAUUAGUUCCAACGUCUCUCUUAACGAAGCAUCUUUCCUUGUUGGCGUCUUCUCCAACGACGUCGUCCUGUCCGAUUUCGCCGCAGCUCAGCAGGCAGUAGCAGUCCAACAAGCUGCUCUGAAGAACGGCACCGUGGCCUUCAUCUUGCCUGGAGUGAAUUUAUUGAUCUUCCCCAUUGGACUGAUAAUUACGUGUCUCUGGCUGUUCAUUGGAUUGCUUGCGUAUGGUUUCGGCACCUAUCAACGAAUUCAGUAUGCGACGGCGUUUAAGCGAAGGGCUAUGCAUGCUUCAAAGGGUGACAGUGCUUACCGCACUCUUUAA